UUACUCACUCUAUAAAUACUUCUGACUAUUACCCAAUCAAACAACGAGCCUAUAGAGCAUCUCCCAAAGAACAUGAACAUAUAAAAAAGGAAAUAGAGUCUAUAAAAAAAGAAAGAAUUAUUCGAUCUUCACAAAGUCCUUGGAGUUCUCCAGUUGUUCUUGUUGUAAAGAAAAAUAGAAAAUUAAGAUUCUGUGUUGAUUACAGAAAACUUAAUAAUAUAAUGAAAAAAGAUACAUAUCUAUUACCUCGAAUAGAUAAAAUGCUUGAUUUCAAUGUUAUGCCUUUUGGAUUGUGUAAUGCUCCAGCAACAUUCCAACGUUUAAUGGAAAAGGUUUUACAAUCUGUACUUUGGAAAAAGGCAAUAGUAUAUAUUGAUGAUAUCAAUAUAUAUAGUGAGACCUUUGAACAACAUAUAAAAGAUCUCAGAGAA